CACGUGCGCUCGCUGCCACGACGUCGCACUGCGGCACCGGAGAGCUUGAGAGGCUGGGGGAAAGAUGCAGUCCAUGUUGCACAUCAUAUAUCUCCGGGGCAGCCUCCGGACGGCGCCCGCGUUGCAAAGCUCUCCGUGCGCUCGAGCGCUGCCCGCGCCCUGUUGCGGUGCGCGCCGGGGGGUAGUCGACAACCAUGGGCGCGUCGCUGUCGCAGCCGACGCAGCACCUGCCGGGUGACGUGCUGGCCAACAUCAAACGGUCCAAGGACCGGGACUACCGGUUCCGCAUGGCCCUGAGCUGCCACCAGCGCUUCUACAAGCACUUCGACCCGGCGAAGUUGGUGCUGAACCGCACGGAGUUCUGCGCCGUCUUCGCGCCGGCCUACGGCGACCCGGCGCUCCACUUCGCGCACCUCGACGCGCACGGCCGCGGCCGCGUGUCCUCCUUCGAGGCGCUCGCGGGCGCGUACCUCGUCGCGCGGAACUGGGACGACAGCAGCGAGAAGCUGCUGGUGACGGCGCUCUUCCAGGUCUUCGACCGGUCCCUCAUCGGUACCUUAAGCCGCGUGGAGAUGGAGAUCAUGCUGCGGACGUGCGCGCAGGCGUUGACGACGUUGUACCGCUGCAAGCCCGUCGCCGACUACGUAUUACGGGCCGUGGUCCGCGACGUCUUCGGGGGCAAGCAGAAGACGUCCGGCGGGCGGCUGUCGACGUCCCACGAGCGCGCGUCCCUCGUGGAGCUGCUGCGCUGGUUCCGGGGGCCCGCGAACACCACGGUCAUGGGUUUUCUCUCGACCUUCGACAAAACGGACCUCGAGGGCGACCCCCGGUCGCCGGCGAAGGGGCGGUCCCCGAGCCCGGAGCGCGACAUCGCGCGGGCGCGGCCCCGGGGGGUUGCGACGCCCGAGGAGGACGAGGCGCCGCCCGCGGUCGCGUCGACGCCGAAGAAGCGCGCGCCCGCGGCGGUCCGCGAGGCGCCCGCGGUCCCGCGCGCGGCGGCGCCCGCGCCCGCGCCCGUCGUUUUGGCGGUCGCCGUCGCCGCGGCGCCCCCGGAGGAGGAGGCGCCGCCCGCGGCGGUCGGCGUCGGCGUCGUCGUCGCCGCGGCGCCCCCGGAGGAGGCGCCGCCGGAGGAGGAGGAGGUGCCGGAGGAGGAGGAGGCGCCGCCCGCGGCGGUCGGCGCCGGCGUCGGCGUCGUCGUCGGCGUGAUGGAUUCGACCGAGUUGGGCACCGUUCGAGACGGCCCGGCGCCCGGGGAGAUCGCCGCGGAGGCCUCGGCGAAGACGGACCUCGCGUGGUCCUUCGUCCUCGGCGUCAAGAAGGGCGCCUUCGACGCGACCCUCGACGCGCUCGUCGAAGCUCAAGCCGCCGAGGAGGCCGCGGCCCUCGAGGCCGCGAAGGCGCGGGACGCGGCGUCCGCGAAGCUCCAGGCGAGGAUGCGCGGCAAGAACCAGCGCGAGGCCAAGGCGAAGCAGGACAAGGGCGCGGCCCAGCUCCAGGCGCGCAUGCGCGCCAAGGCCGCGCGCGCGGACCUCGAGAAGAAGCAGCAGGGCGCGGGCAAGCUCCAGGCGCAGAUCCGGUCCAAGCAGGCGCGCGCGGACCUCGAGCGGAAGCAGGCGGGCGCGUCGAAGCUCCAGGCCAAGCAGCGGAGCCGCCUCGCGCGGCGGGAGAUCGAGGAGAAGCACGUCGCCGCGACGAAGCUCCAGUCCAGGGAGCGGAGCCGCCUCGCGCGCCGCGAGAUGGACGUGAAGCACGAUUCCGCGACGAUGCUCCAGUCCGCGCAGCGCGCGCGGAGCGCGCGCCGCGCAGGCCCCUGCAUCGGCCACGGCCGGCGCCUCUACCAGGUCAUGGACCGCGGCGGCAAGAAGGUCCUGGGCAUCGACGAGAUCGUCGAGUGCGUCACGAACCGGCCCGAGUGCGUCUUCUUCCUCAAGGGCUGCGACAACGAUUUGCUCCGCGACCUCCUCGCGGCGCCGGACCUCGCCUCCAAGCUCGCGGAGCGGCCCCUGGCGACGCCGGGCUUCGUCACGGCCGACGAGUUCGACCAGGCCAUCCACGCUGUCGUCUCCGUCGGGUCCUACCCCGAGGCCGACGCCUCCCCCCUCUUCGGCGCCGCGCCCGCGCCCGCGCCCGGCGCGGCACCGGCGCCGCGCGAGCCCGGGCCCGGGACGCGCGCGCCGAAGAAGGCCCGCGCGCGGAAGCCGGCCCCGCCGCCGGCGGCGCCGGCGCCCGUCGUCGUCGUCGUGGCGGAGCCGCCGCCGCGGCGCGAGCUCGUCAUCGACGACGCGCUCGCGGCGGAGAUCGCGCGCGCGACGGACGCGCGCGUCGCGCGGCGCCGCGCGGCGACGCCCGCGGCGCCCCUCGGCGAGGACGUGCGCGAGGCCUUCGCGUCCCAAGCCCGCGACGAGCUCGGCGAGGACGCGCUGGGCCAGGCGCGCGACGCGUUCUUCGGCGCGGACAAGGACCGGUCGUCGACGCUCGACGAAACGGAGGUCAAGGCCGUGCUCGGCCGCAUGGGCGUCUCCGCAGUCGACGAGCUCACGGACUACUUCAUGACCGACGCCGGCGGGUCCCAAACAUCGCGCACCAUGGACUUCGACGACUUCUGCAUCAUGCUCGCGCCGGAGACGGCCGCGGCCGCGCGCGAGAAGCGCGGCGCGCGGCGGCGCGCGCUGUCGCCGACGCGGCGCAAGUUCCCGCGCCAGAUCGCGUCGCGCAAGGCGUCCCACCUCGACUACGAGUUCCUCGUCUCGGACACGCCCCCCAACUUCGCGGACACGACCCUGUCCUUCGCGUCGUCGCGGACGUCGCUGCCCGCGUUCGGCGAGGCCGACGUCGCGACGCCGCGCGUCGUCGUCGUCGGCGCCGGCGCGCCGAGCGACGGCCCGGCGCCGGCGCCCGAGGGGAAGAAGGUGCGCGACACCUUCCUCGGGCGCAUGGGCCUCCGCGACAACCUGCCGCUGCCCCGGGCCGCGACGUACGCGGGCGACGAGUCGUCCGCAGGCACGCUCGAGGAGGACGACGCGUCCAACGCGGGCCCGAACCCGGCGCUCUUCAAGGACUGGCAGCAGGCGGACCUCGCGCCGGAGGUGCGCGCCGUCGACGACGAGUGCUUCGCGGAGGUCUCGGGCCUCCGGUCGCUGUCGACGUCGCUGUCGGACCUCGCGGGCGGCCUCGAGGAGCUCAAGGCGUCCAUGUCGUCCUUCUGGGCCGACAAGCACGCGAAGCUCGACGAGGCGGAGCUGGGCCGCGCGUCCGCGGCCCUCGUCGUCCAGAAGCACUACCGGCGCCACGUCGUCCGCCGCCGCUUCGCGCAGUGGGUCGACCUCGAGGACGACGAGGACCUCACGUCCCAGCUCGAGGGCGUGCGCGUCGCCGUCGCCCAGUUCUGCCUCGCGAACCACGUCGACUUCGACCGCAUCGAGACGAAAUUCUCGACGAUCCAGGACAACCUCGACGGCGCGAACCGCGACUCCGUCGACGCGGACCGGCUCCUCGGCUGGAACCCGGACGUGCCCCUGGCGAACCUCGCGGGGUCCCGCGCGACGGCCUGCCGCAUCCGCGAGUGGCAGUCCCAGCACCGCCCGGCGACGCGCGAGGCCGAGACCGCGCCCGGCGCGGGCCUGCCCGAGGGCUCCGGCGUCGGGCUCUCGGACGGAGAGGGCGUCGGCGCGGGCACGGGCGGGAUCGUCGGCCGCGGCGACGGCGCCGCGCUGGGGUGGUACGUGGGCGCGGGCGCGGGCAGGCCGCUGGGGCUCGGCGACGGCAGGCCCGAGGGCGCCUCCGUGGGCAUGGGCGUCGGGUGGAUCACGGGGUGCGUGGUCGGGAGGCCCGACGGCUCGGGCGACGGGAGGCCGCUCGGCUCGACGGACGGCGCGCCCGUCGGCGCGAUGGGCUUCGCCGUCGGCGUUUCCGACGGCUUCAGCGACGGCGGCAUCGUCGGCGCGAGGGACGGCUUGGCCGUCGACGGCGCGCUCGUCGGUUUGUAG